CCGCAACAUUUCCCUCGUCUAUCAGUCGUAACUUGUCCUCCUCCUUCUUUCGUGUCAUCAUCAUCAUCACCCCUCUCCACUUUCUCUCUCCUCCUUUCUCUUUCUUCUUCACUGUUUCACUGUUCCACUUCAUCAUCGGAGAAAUUCGAUCAUCAAGUUUUGGUAAUAGGGUCAACGAGAUCUUAGACAUGGUGUUUACAUAUUCUCUCAAAAAAUGCUUGGCUCCGUUUGAGUCUUUUUAGAUUUAUUGUUGCUGCAAUGGGUGGAGUUUGUUCAAGGAAGAGGGGUAACCAGGUCAAUGAAGAUGGUGUGCGUACAGGGGUCAACAGAAGAUACAGUAAAAACGGAAGUUCGAAAUGGUUGUUGGGCACCCCAUUCUUUAGAACGACAUCAGGUUGUCAGGGAGAGGGGGGUAGUUGCCCCUCGUUGAUGGAGCUAUGCAUUCAUAAAACCUGUCAGGAUAUUGACAAAUAUAGAUCAUUCUCAGUGUUGCCAAGAGAUAUAAGUCAGCAAAUCUUCGACGAAUUAGUCCGCUCACAUUGCUUAACUGAUGUUUCACUUGAAGCUUUCCGUGACUGUGCUCUUGAGGAUAUUUGUCUGGGAGAUUAUUCUGGAGUUGACGACAGUUGGAUUGACGUUAUUUCUUCUCAAGGCUCCUCUUUACUCUCCGUUGAUCUUUCUGGUUCUGAUGUGACAGAUUCUGGGUUGGCUCUCCUGAAAAGUUGCUCCAGUCUUCAAGCUUUGACUUUUAAUUACUGUGAUCAUAUCUCAGCAAAUGGCCUACGGAAUUUCAAUGGGCUUUCGAACCUUUCUUCUUUGAGUUUUAGGAGGAGUUAUGCUGUGACUGUUGAAGGAAUGCGUGCCUUCUCCAGCUUAGUCAACUUGCUUGAAUUGGAUCUUGAAAGAUGUUCUGGGGUUCAUGGUGGUUUUGUUUAUCUUAAAGGUCUCAAGAAGCUCAAGUCUCUUAACAUUAGGUAUUGUAAAUGUGUUACAGACUCAGAUAUGGAGGCAAUUUCAGAAUUUACAAACUUGAGGGAGCUGCAAGUUUCUUGCAGCAGCAUCACUGAUGCUGGCGUUUCUUAUUUGAAAGGAUUGCAAAAUCUUGUUUUGUUGAACUUGGAAGGUUGCCAGCUCAGUGCCGCAUGUUUGGAUUCUAUUUCAGCUCUCGUGGCUCUGUCAUAUUUGAACCUUAGCAGAUGCGGCCUGUCUGAUCAUGGUUUUGAUAAGCUCUCUGGACUUAAGAAUUUGAAGGUGUUCAAUCUGGCCUUCAACAACAUAACAUAUGCAUGUUUGGUUCAUCUCAAAGGUUUAUCAAAUUUGGAAACCUUGAACUUAGACUCCUGUAGGAUUGCUGAUGAAGGACUUGCUAACCUGACAGGACUUUUGCUACUGAAACAUUUGGAGUUAUCAGAUACUGAAGUUGGAAGCAAUGGGCUGCGGUAUCUGACUGGUUUAAUGAACCUCGAGAGCAUAAAUUUAUCAUUUACCUUGGUUACGGAUGCUGGUCUGAAGAAGCUUUCUGGUUUAAGUUCUCUGAAAUCACUAAACCUUGAUGCUCGCCAAAUCACAGACAUUGGGUUAGCUGCUCUGACAAGUCUGGCAGGCUUGAGUCAUUUAGAUCUUUUUGGGGCACGAAUAACAGAUUCUGGGACCCAAUAUUUGCGUUGCUUCAAGAACCUCCUGUCACUUGAAAUAUGCGGUGGAGGCUUGACAGAUGCUGGUGUGAAGAAUAUCAAAGAUCUUACUUCUCUAACGUUGCUCAAUUUAUCUCAAAACUGCAACCUCACUGACAAGACCCUGGAAUUGGUUUCUGGAUUGAUUGCAUUGGUAUCUUUGAACGUCUCAAAUUCUCGUAUAACAAAUGACGGGCUGCAACACUUGAAGCCUUUGAAGAACUUGCGCUCAUUGACGUUGGAGUCCUGCAAGGUAACUGCACCUGAGAUAAAGAAGCUCCAGUCCUCUGCCCUUCCUAAUCUUGCCAGCUUCCGUCCUGAAUAAGAUGAGCUGGAACUGUAAAUAUCACAUUUCUGCCUGGUCUGGCAUUGUAAAUAUGGGGGAAAUAAACACACUUUUAUAAUUAAGGUAAAAAUUAUGAAAUGAAUAGAGUAUGAUCUUGAGAAGCAACUUUGAUGGAUCGGUGCAAAUAGUUUGGAUUUCUGUACUAGUGAUCGUACUGUACUAGGCAGCCAUGCAUUUAAACCUUGUAUAUAGUAGUGCUUUCAGUAGAUUCAAUCCAUCAGUCAUCCUCUUAAAAGUGGUAUUGUGAAUUUGUACUAAAUUCAAGUAUUAAUCUGUAAGUUUUGGACCUUAA